AGGGAAUUGGGAUUCCUCCUCAGGGCUGUGGGAGCGGGCCGGAGACAGCAGAGCUGAGAGCUGCCAGCACGGGCCUCAGAGGAGCCCCCUGUGUUCUUGUGUUGGAAAAAGCAGCUGAGUUGGUGAAUUGCAAAAAUGCCAGCCAGGAGUGAGAUGCAGCUUGAAAAGUUAAUUGAUGAAGCUGCAGGAAAAAAAGAUUUCCAAUCCUUAGAACAAUUUCUGGCCACGGAAGAAUGUGAAAAUGUCUCUCACAAAUGCAGCAAAAACUUUGUCAACAAAUUGGAUAAGCUUCUGUGUUGGGCACUUGACAAACAAGAAGUCAAAAGCAUUUCUACUUUACUAAAUGCUAUUCAGAAAUGUGGGAAGAAAAUGAGCAUAGCAGGAGAAGAUGGACUCACAGCAAUGAUGAAACACGGCCUUGUUGGAAGGAUGGUCAAUUGGUUUGAAAAGUUAAAAGGAAUUUUGGUCCUCAGAGGAAAUGAAAAGAAUGAAAUGAUUACAACUCUGGCUGAGGAUUUCUUCAUCACGUUGCUGGUUGUGUGUGAUAGCAGACCUGAAGGUAAAAUGCAAAUACUAGAAAACUUCCUUCUGAGAACAUGUUCCCUCAUUACUGAUGCAAGAAUUAAUAUUUAUGUUCAGCAGGAGGUAAUAAAAAAACUGAAUUUAUUGCUUGACCACAUCCCUCAAGAUUCCAAGAAAAAUAUUCUUUCUACAAAGGAGAUGUUGCUUGUCAUGAGUGAAAUGGGGAGGACAAUUUUGGAUUCUGGAGACUAUGACACACAAGUGGCCAUCACAGAGGCUCUGUGCAGGAUGGUGUCAGAGAGGCAAAGGAGAGCUCUGGCCUCCCAGUGGUUCCCCAUGGAGUUCGUGUCCACUGCAUUUAAAGGAAUUAAAGAUUCAGAGUUUGAGACAGAUUGCAGAAAAUUUCUCAACCAGGUGAAUGGCAUGCUUGGAGACAAAAGAAGGGUUUUUACAUUCCCAUGUUUAUCAGCAGCUCUUGAUGAGUAUGAGCUGCAGAUACCAUCAGAUGAAAACCUGGAAGAGUUUUGGGUUGAUUUCAACAUUGGCAGCAGGAGCAUUUCCUUCUAUGUGGCAGCAGAGGAUGCAGACCAGCAGUGGGAAACAGUCAUUAUACAAGAAGAAGAUGUCAACAUGUACAGCCUGGAAGAAAACAAUUCAAAGAAAUUAUUAACAAUAGAUCUAAAAAGCCCAAUGAGUGUGGGCACUCUUGAAGGAGAGAAAUUCCUUUUCUCUUUUGAUUCUAUCUUGGAAAUCAAAGAUGUGACCAUAAAGAUUUAUGGAUUUCAUAAAUGCAAGGAUUUCAGCAAGAAGCAGUCCACGUCAGUAGUCAAAACAAGUGUCCACAUUGUGUUUGAUGAAAGUGGAUCACAGGUAAUGGUACCAGAAAGUCAGUUGUCACCAGGAUUCAAAGAAAAGUCUGGAGAGGAGAAGGAGAAACUCAGUAAAUACAAAGCUCAGCAAUCUCCUGGAAAUUUGAGGAAUCAGAGUAAAAGUAACAGUCAAGAAAAACUCCAAGGUGAUUCCUCCAAGGUAACUCCAUCCCGUAAAAGGAAAGUGUCUGAAGCAUCUAUGCAAGUUCCUAGAACUGCAAGUGUGUCCACAAGGAGUUCCUCUUUUUUUAUCAGCACAUCCACUCCUUUUAAAGGGAGGUAUAAAUUGCCUUUGGAAAUGACCAGCUCUGCUAACAGGUCUGACAAUGGAACAAUAAAUGAGAGCAGAACCAAGAGUUUCUAUGAGGAGCCUCCUGCACAAAUCCGUUCUGAAGCAGUCAUAAAAAUGGUACCAGAGGCCACAGAAAAGAAAGCUUUAGAUGAAGUGUUAGAUAUUGUUCCUGAUUCUCAGCCAGUUGGGAGAAGCCACAAACCUUUGCUGCCUGGUCUUUUGGAGACUUCUUUUGAUAAAACUGAAACGUGGAAAAAAAGAACAUUCCCUCUUCCUGAGAAGAAUGGAACAGCUGGGGACAAGCAAAAGGCAAAUCUGUCACUGGCACGUGCAUCCCACCCAGCCAGAGUGUGUGACACAUCUUUCCAUUCUGAUCUUGCACAAGAGGACCCUGAUGCUCUCCUCAGAAAAGAGACUGCAAACCCAAAACAGUCCAAGACAAAACCAAAGUCUAAAGAAAUGGCAGAUGCAGCCAAAUCACUGAUCAGUAAAAUCAGUGACAGAUACAGAGACAAGAGUGAUGAGAAGAGCAAAGCAAGAGAUUCCCUGGGCUUUAACAGGACACUUUUAAACAAAUCCAGGUUCUCCAAGGAAGAAGUUCAGGACAGGACCCUAAAAACUGCUUCUUUUCUUAAUAUAACUGCUGGUCAUGAUCUGGAUGAUGUCUACAACUUUAACAUCAGCGGGUUUAAUGAGCCUACAAUCAAGCUUGGAAGCCAAGAAUUGCGUGUGCCUGAGCUGAGUGUUGAUACAGAGGCAAACAGGAAAGGGAGCACAGCCAUCAAUAAAUCCAGCACAGAAGGGAAGGCAGGAAAGAAGAGCAGAAACAAUCGAGACAAGAAGCAUCUCUUCAGUGACUCAGACACAGAAAACAGAGGGGAUGACAGCAAGACAGAGAUUAGCUGGCUGCAGGAAUCCAAGAGGAAACCUAAAGCCCAGAUAAUUGAUUACAGUAGAAGUAAAAAACCAGGGAAACCAAUGACCACAGACAAAACAGCAAAAAAAUCCUUGGAACCUGCUUUCCACAUGGAAAAAGCUAAAGGCAAAAAUGCAAAUAAGAAAAAGAUAAACAAAUGUAAACCCCAGAAUUCAAAACUGGAUGAAAUGAUGGUAAAAUCCACCAGAGAAAAACUCCCUCGAAGAGCAGCAGCAACAAAAAAUUACAAAGAGCCUUCCAGUUCUGAGUCUGAGCCUGAAGAAAGGAUUCCAACAUGCACCUCCAGGGAGGAGAAAUCCAAAAUUCAGAAGCACCUGAGUGGGCCAAGCAAGGAAUCCAAGCAGCCAAAGGUGCUGCAGGCUGUGCCUGUGGAGCCCAAGAGAGUGGAGAGCUCUGUGCAGAGAGCACUGGCUGAGUGCAGGAGCUCUGCAGGGCAGAGGCAGCUGGAGAUGCCCUCAGCUGACAGCCCUGCCUCCCUGGAGACAAUGAGAUGUGCUGAGAGGGUGUCAGGAGGUGCCAGCCCAGAGCCCAGCUCCAGUGAGAGGUCCCUUGGUCUGCAGGAGUCGUCACCAGGAGACAGGGAAAUGCUGAACUCUGAGAAAGGAUCCUCUCCCAGUAAUUUCUGUCCACAAAACAAGAGUAUGCAAAGCCUGGCUGUAACUGAAUCCCCUGAGACAGCAAAGUUGGCAUUUGGGAGGAAAAGCUUCUCACCAGUUUUCUCAGCUGAAGCAUCGUUGCUCAGCUUAACCACAUAUAAAACUGUCAGUGGCAAAAACUCCAAGGGAGCUGCAGCAGAAAUCUGUAAUAAUAAUGAAGAUUCAAGUUUCCACUGUCACAUUUCAGACACAUUUUCUGUUAAAGGAAAGCUUCAGGAUAUCACUAAGCCUAUCCCCAAGAAUAAGGAAGAGCUCAGCUUAACAGCCUAUAAAGCUGACAGUGGAAAACACACAAAGGGAGCUGUGCUGGAAACAGGGAAUAACAGUGAGGAUUCCAGUCCCCAGUCUGGCUUUUCAGACAUUUCUGCUAAAGGCAAGCUCCAGGAUGCCACCAAACCUCUCCCUAAGAGUAAAGAGGAUUGUGUAGCACCAUCCCCAUUGUCUGCUUCCAGCAGGAGUACAGUACAGUCUUGGAUUAGAGAACCUUAUUGCCCCAUGAAUGAGUCAGGACCAAGCCUACCAACAUUGCACAAACGAACUUACCCCAGUGCCACAGAGGGCAGCUCUGAUGAGGCAGAAACAAGCAAAGAGGAGGAAAAGAAAGGAAGGAGAAGAAUUAGUUUACAGCCCAAAAAAUUAUUUAAAACAGAUGAUGCUGCUACUUGCAAAGUGUCUGAAAGUGUCUCCACUCAAUCUGCAAAUGACCUGUCUGGUUUGGAUGCAGAAUUCUGGAAGCCUGAUUGCUCAGCCAUCAGCAUCUGUCAGCAGCUCCAGAAGGAACUUGCCAAGAAAAUUGAGAACCGCUCCAGGAAAAUGGACAAUUUUAAUAAGCAAACACUGAGAGCUGCCCAUCAGCGUUUGGCCACCCUGAGUUACCAACUCCAUGAAUGCAGGAUCAGGCAGCUGGACAAAUUUCAUUUUACUCUCACUGAGGAGCUUGAGAAGUUUGAAAAGGACUCUCAGUCCCUGAAAAUCAUGGAAAAAGAAUUCUCGACCUUUUGGAAAAAGCAUUCCCACACUUUUAGUAUGUACAUGAAAAAUGAGCAGCAGAGAAUUCAGAUUCUUAAAACUUCAUUUGAAAAGAAUAUCUACCAUUCUGUUGACUGUGAAGAAAAUGUUUUUACUUCAGAGAUGCAUCUGCUGAAAGAAGACAUAAAAGGACUCCAAGAGAAAUUUCUAAAAGAAAUGCAAGAAGAGGAGCUGUGUAACGUUCGCAGGGGAUUGCAGACCUUGUUUCAAUCAAAGGCAGAAUUCUGAAGUGAUUUUUCAGAUUCUUUCCUGAAAUUCAAGGUGAAUAUAAACACUUUUGUAAUGGAAAACAUGGUAACUUUUUCUUUUUUUUUGUCACACUCAAAGACACUACUGUAAUGAAAGCAUAUUUUCCUUAAUAAUAUUGAAAUCUGUGUGGAUAAGAACUUACCCACUCACCUGUGAGAUUUGGAAUUAUUUUACUGAGUCUGCUAAAAUGUAAUAUGCCAUUUUAUUUUUAGCAAAUGCUACUUCUAAAUACUUCUUUAACAAUUUUUAUAGGUUACUUAACUGACUUGCAGAGAAAUCACUUUGAAUUUCACUUUGAAUCAAUGUUUUGAUCCAGAAUACAAGCCAGGAAUUAUUUAGGGACCAAACCACCUGGUUUGAUUUCAGUCCUGUUUGUCUGUGGUGUUAGACUUCAGCAGGAUUUUCUGAGAGAACACUCUCAACACUUCUGUUGGAACUGUAUUGC